AAGAAGAGGUAGUGGUGGAGGAAGAUAGGAAGAGGAAAAUGGAUAGAGAAAAAGCACAAGCAGAGGCCUCAAAGAGACCCCCAGGUCAUGGUGCAACUGAAGUACUUCAUCAGAGGAAAUCACUUCCUUACAGCUACACAAGAAUGGCUAUAGCUGGUUUGCUCAUUACGGCUGCAGUUGGCUACACUGUCUUGUAUGCCAAGAAGAAGCCCGAGGCUAAUGCUAGGGAUGUGGCAAAGGUUUCUGCUGGAGUUGCACAACCUCAGGACACUCACCCUAACAAAUAGUUAACAUCUUCUACUAUACCACUUCUGUCAAACUCUCGAUAUCACACACUACUCUUUGCAUUUCAUUUCAUAUCUUCUUUCUUUGUAUGGGGGAAUGUAGAAUGGACCACACUCUUUCUUCUACUUCAUACAUAUGUUAGUAAUAAAUUCUUAAUUACU